UGAUCAAUCAUCGCCUUCAAAUCCCAAACCCCAAAUUAAAAAAAUGGAAAAGAAGAAGGGGAGAAAGGGGAUCUCCAUCUCCCCUACACAACACGCUCUCUCUCCUCUCUCUCUCAUCAUAGUCCAUUAUCGUUCCCAUUAGGGUGGCUGUAUGUAUCUGUUGCAGCUUUAAAAGAAGAAGAUAGCGACCCUGCAUGAGAUUAUCCGCCUCAACAAUUAAACCCUAGAUCCCUCUCUCUCUCUCUCUUCCUCCCUUUUCUUGGUUAAUAAUGAUUACUGGGGAGCUUGAGGGUGGGAGACUGGCGGGAGCUGCCGCACCUCAACCUCCUUCUGCCGAAGAAGAAGCGCUCAAGAAGAACACCGAUUGUGUUUACUUUCUCGCUUCUCCUUUAACCUGCAAAAAGGGAAGUGAGUGUGAGUACCGACACAGUGACUUUGCCAGGGUAAAUCCAAGGGACUGUUGGUUCUGGUUAAAUGGCAACUGCUUGAAUCCAAAGUGCGGAUUUCGACAUCCGCCACUUGAUGGGUUAAUUGGGACGCAACUACCGACACCCACAGGGUCUGCUCAACCUCUACUGCAGACAGUUGCAAUGACUCCGGUGCAGGUCGGGGAUGCAAAUAGCAUACAAGGGGUGCCCUGUAAAUUUUUCCAAAGUGGGUUAUGUCUAAAAGGUGAUUGGUGUUCCUUUACUCACGUACCAAAUUCCAUGAGAAAUAAAGCAUCAGUGGUGCCCGUAACAGCAUCUGCGACUGAACCUUCAAAUCUCAGUAAGGUUGACAUCUCUAUGCUGGGAAAGAAGAUUCCCCCACCAACAAAUAAGGGCAAACCAAUCAAGGGUCCUGUAGAUCAACAAGUAGCAGAAAUUGUAGUGAAACCUGGUGUUCAUAUAAAUGAACUUUCUAGAAACAAGAGGAUACCUGACACAUCAUGCAUCAAUGAGCUUCUAGACUAUAGCCAUCCUGUUUCUAAUGGAGACAUGGUCAAUCGGUUCAUCAGUGUUAAACAGCCUCACCAGGUGGAUGACCCUGGGAUGAUCGAUAAUAAGAAUGUAGGAGAUGUUUCAAGGGAACCCUCUCCUGGGUUUGACGUUCUUGUUGACGAUGAGGGGAGGAAUUCUGAUUUUUAUCACAGCGAAAACCCAUAUGGAAUGUCAAGGGAAUACGAGGGCCGGAAUGAAUAUGAUAUUGAUAAUUUGACUGAUUACAAUAUGGUUGCUGAAGCUGAUAAUGAUAGGUAUAGGUAUCUACAUGGGUAUGACUCGCAAGGGUACCCCAACGGUAACUAUGGUUUGGAGCGGGACAGAGCUUCUUCUGAGAGGAUGUCAGGUCACAGGAGGCCUUAUGCUAGGGCUGAAUUAGAUUUACGAGAUCGUUUGACAAGGAACAAGCAGCCUCGUGUUUUGAGGUCUACAAUUCGUCAUGAGCAGGUUCAUGACAAGCAUGCCGGUUAUCAUAGCCACGAGGAUCUGUGGAGGCAUGAACGAUAUGCUCCCCAGCAUGAAAAUUCUCUUAGCAAUCGCCUUCAAGGAAGAAUAAGGCUUCCGCGAAGAUCAUCAUCUCCAAUUGAUAGGAAAAUGAUUAGACGAGCUGACAAUGGUAGACUGUCUUCUGUUAGGACACGUCUGCCCUCCAUCCAGGGACGUAUCCAAGACAGAAUUAAAGGAAGGAUAGAAGGCGCUUCUACUAAUGGAUUGAAGAAUUAUAGAGGUCCCCACUUUAGAAGAGACACAUCUAGUGACGAUAAUGAUGAUUUUGCUGGCCCAAAAAGUCUAGCAGAGUUGAAAAACAGAAAAAAUGCUGAACCUAGUGGACACCACGUGAUGGGUCAAGAGCAACUUGGUAAGAGAAAAUAUGUGGUGCCUGAUGCCCUUCAACAAAAUGGGAGUCUUGUUUCUUUUGAUGGGCCAAAGCCUCUAGAGGAGAUUUUAAAACGGAAGAGAGGCGAAGCAAUUGGAACUGUCAAGCACGGGAAUUCUUCUGCAGGUGAAGAUGUUAUUGAAGAUAAGAAUCAAAAGGAAGGUAAGUGUGAGCCGGUUUCUUCUCUCUUGGCAUCGAUGGAAACGACUGGAGCAGAGGAGAGCAGUUACAACGAUUCACAACCUGUUGCCAGCAAACUAGAAGCUAAUACUGGUAUAAUUGCUGAGAGCCGGGUGGAUGAAGCGUCAGAAGCAUAUGAACAGAGAGAGGAGUUUACUUCUGAGCUACAUGGUGGGGCAGAUUUUGAUAGAUAUGGUGGUGAUGAUGGAGAUGGUGAAGAAGAAUACCUUGAUGGUGAUGGCGAUGAUGACGAAUUUGCAAAGAAGCUUGGUGUUAUCUACUCCUGAAAGGAAAAAGGAGAAAAAUUGAUGCUCUGACAUUUGCUGAUGAUUCAGGUGUUUUUGGUUUUCUUUUUGUUUGGGCUUGAAGGGGUUGUAAUUUUGGGGUAAGAAGUAGAGAGAUGGUUGCCCCUUUUGUGUAUUAGUGUCAGUGGGAGUUUUUAUUGCUUUGCAACUCCUGACAGGGUAGAUUUUUUGUGCUACUCAUUUUUUUUGUUUUACUCAGUCAUUAACAGCUACUAGCUAGAGAAUUUUUCAAUUUUGCUGCUGUGCCUUCCUUACUUGUAUCUUAUUUUCUCUAUAACUUCUUUUUUUGUUUUGUUAUUAGAUUAAAAUUUUUCCCGUUGCUAAA